CACACCCACCUUUUCCAUUUUCUCCUCUCAAAAACACCAUUUCUCUACUGUAAGUAAAACUCCAACUCUUUCACAACCAAAGACUCAAUCUUUACACAAAUUCCUCAUUCGGGUAUUCAAGAAAAGGCAAAAACUUUCAAUAUUUAUACAAAAAAUGGAGAACAACAAUCAAUCAUCUUUCUGGCAAUUCAGUGAUCAACUCCGUUUACAGAACAACAACUUAGCAAAUCUCAGUUUAAACGAUUCAAUUUGGAGCAAUAAUUAUAUUUCCAGAAAACCUGAAGAAAGGAGAAAUUUUGAUAUAAGAGUAGGUGGUGACAUCAACAACAAUUCUUCAACUGUUAGCAAUAACCCCAACAAGUCAAAUUACAAUCUUUUUAGCAACGACGGUUGGAAAAUCGCCGACCCAUCGGCGGUUACCGGCGCCGGAAGUGGAGUUGCCGGAAAAGGGGUUCUUGAUUUUGGUUUAAAUGGUGGGUUUAAUAAAGGGAUAUAUUCAAACCAAGGUUUGAAUUUUAAUUAUAGUAAAGGUAUUAACAAUAUUGCUGUGAAUACAAAGGGUGUAUUAAACAAGAAAUUUGGGAAAGUUGGUGUUGAAGAUGAGUUUGGAUAUGGGAAUAAUAAAAGUGUGAAGAAGAAUAAUAAGAGUAAUAAUAAAGAGAGUAAUAACAAGGAUAUUAAUGGUGAAAAACAGAAUGGUGUUGAUAAAAGGUUUAAGACUUUGCCACCAGCUGAAUCUUUGCCAAGAAAUGAAACUGUUGGUGGAUAUAUUUUUGUUUGCAACAAUGAUACUAUGGCUGAAAAUCUCAAAAGGGAGCUCUUUGGCUUGCCACCUCGUUACAGGGACUCAGUUCGACAAAUAACCCCUGGGUUGCCUCUCUUCCUGUACAACUACUCGACCCAUCAGCUUCACGGAGUUUUUGAGGCUGCAAGCUUUGGUGGAUCGAAUAUUGAUCCGUCGGCCUGGGAGGACAAGAAGAACCCUGGUGAAUCUCGCUUUCCUGCUCAGGUUCGUGUUGUGACAAGGAAAGUCUGCGAACCACUCGAAGAGGAUUCAUUCAGGCCAAUUCUUCACCACUACGACGGUCCUAAAUUCCGCCUCGAGUUAAAUGUUCCAGAGGCCCUUUCACUUCUGGACAUUUUUGAAGAGAAUAAGAACUAAAUGAAUGUAUAGUUCUUGCAUUUCAUCAGAGAAUGAAAGAAGGAUAUAUAGAGGAAUUUGCUUCUAGUAUACUGAAGAGUUUGCAGAGCAUAAAACAAGAAAGUAUUUACUGUAUAUAUAUAAAUAUAUAUAUGCAAAACAUAUGAUAUGGAGGAACACUUUUUGUGUGGAGAUUAAUAUUAAUAUUAAUAUUAAUAUUAAUAUUAAUAUUAUGUUUUGUGUAAUCCAGCAGGAAUUGCUGCAUAAUAAGAAGAUAAUAUGAGCAAAACAAGUUAUAUCUAAGUUUGUUUUCUUAAUAA